AUGUCUGGAAUGACAAAACGACUACAAAACAAAUGUUUUCUAGUAGAUUUAGCUCUAAUGAUUGACAUCCUACAGGAGUGCUCUCUACUAUCUAAUGCCCUUCAAGCUAGAAAUAUAAACGUUGCCAGGGGAGAUCAACUGAUUAGAAGAACAGUUAACACUUUUCAAAUGCUCAGAGAUUGUCACGGUCAUUACGAAAAAAAAGUGGAUGAAGUUAUAAACUCUGAAGCAUUCAAAAAAAUUAUCUUCGUCGAAAACAGAAUUGUUAGAAAUCUUCCCAGAGAUUCCCUUAUUGACAGCAUCAUAAAAAAUAUGAAGUUAAGAUUGAUGGAUUGUUCUCAUCUCGAAUCAAACAGUAACAAAAAAAAUAUUGAUAAUAGCAUUAUUUAUGAACUAGCCAAUUUGCUAGCGCCGAGCACAUGGAAAAUUGAAGAUAUUGUAGUUCCGUGGAUAGAGACCGAAAAAAAUGUAAUAAACAAUGGCCAUCAACAAAUUAGUAAAAUUGCACAAAACAUUCAAAAAGCGAAAAAUAUGGUUAAUACGGUUGCCGUUAGCAGUGCUGAAGCAGAACGAGGAUUUUCAUUGAUGAACAUCAUAACUACUGAUAUAAGAGCCAGAUUAACAGUGCAGACAGUAUCAAAUUUGAUGACAUUAAACUUAGUUGGUCGUCCAUUGGAAAAUUGGAACGCAGUUUCCUAUGUAAAAACUUGGUUGAGAAACCAUAACUCGGCAGAUGAUAUAAGGGUUAAAAAAUCUAAACCGAAAAAAUAUGCUGAAAAUCAAUUAGCUAUUUGGAAAACUGAUAAUUUUGCUCGUGGUCUACUAUUUGAUGAAUCAAAAGAAUGCGAGAAAAAUCGCAAAAAGAAAGAAAGAUAA